AUGCGCAGAAUCACCGCUCGCUCUGUCACUACGCCCCUCUUCACAUCGAAGACUGCUUCGCUCGCCGGCUCCGCCCGCCCCCUCUUCGGCAUCGUUUCUGCGGCCGACAAGGUCGUUCCCAAGGAUGGCCUCGUGACCGUGGAGGUGUACCGCUGGUCCGCCGAUGAGAAGGAGAAGCCCUACAUCCAGAGCUACAAGCUGGACGUCAACAACUGCGCGCCCAUGGUGCUCGACGCGCUGCUCAAGAUCAAGAACGAGCAGGACCCCACCCUCUCCUUCAGGAGGUCGUGCCGCGAGGGCAUCUGCGGCAGCUGCGCGAUGAACAUCGACGGCACCAACACGCUGGCCUGCCUCAAGCCCGUCGCCGAGUCCGUCACCAACGGCAAGAUCAAGAUCUACCCGCUCCCCCACCUUCCGGUGGUGAGGGAUCUGGUGCCGGACCUGAGCAACUUCUACGAGCAGCACAAGUCGAUCCAGCCGUACCUGCAGGUGGACGACCACGCCGCCCUGGGCUCGAGCAAGACGGAGCAGCUGCAGACGCGGGAGGACAGGAAGAAGCUCGACGGCCUCUACGAGUGCAUCCUGUGCGCGUGCUGCUCCACGUCGUGCCCCUCCUACUGGUGGGCCGGCAACGAGAACAAGUACCUCGGCCCCGCCAUCCUCCUCCAGGCCUACAGGUGGAUCGCCGACUCCCGCGACCAGCACACCAACCAGAGGCUCAGGGCUCUGGCCAAGGAGGACAUGAAGGUGUACGCGUGUCACACCAUCAUGAACUGUACAAAGGUGUGCCCCAAGGGGCUCAACCCGGCCCUCGCCGUCGCCAAGGUCAAGAAGGCCACCCUCGAGCUCGACGUGCAGCAGAAGAAGCAGGCCCUCGCCCACUAA